AUGGGGCAUGCAGUGGGGUUGAAAAGCAGCUCUGGGCAUGAACAGGAAGGAGGAAGAGGGCUCCAGGAUGUAAGUUUUAUCCCUGCUUUGUGCCUGUUAGUUUCCACUAAAACCUCAUCCUCAAGACAAGAUUCAGGCAUCAACAUGAAGUGUAUCCUAUUAACCUUACUGAUAACUGGUGUUACUUCAUUAUUUGUUGAAGACGUUGAAGAUCUAAGUCACUUUUUCUAUUUAUUAUACCUGAAAUCCAGUUACCAGCCCUGUGUGGGGACUCUGAUCGCUCCUCAGUGGGUGUUGACGGCAGCACACUGCUUCUUACCAGAUCUCCAGGUCAUCUUAACUGCUGGAGCCAACAAUUUUCAAGGCGUCACUGGGGAGAUUCUGCCUUAUGAGGAGAUUGUAGUGCACCCAAACUUCACUGUGACUUCACCUAAAAAUGAUCUUAUGCUGAUAAAGUUGUCUAUACCUCUCACCUUCUUCUCCUCCAGCAUUUUUCAGUUGCCUACUGCCAAGAUAAAGGGAGUUCCAGAAUGCUUGGUUUACACCUGGGUAGAGAAUAAAGAAUCUAUUGGAAAUCCAGGCAGUAACCUGUACUACAUUGUGACUGAAUUGAACACUGAUUUAAUCUGCAAAGCUAUACUGGGUGAAAAGUUCCUUGAAGACAUGUUCUGUAUUGGACACACAGGAAGAAGCACAGAUAAAUGCCAGGUGUCUACAGCUGCACCAGCCACAUGUGGCGGUGAAUUACAAGGAAUUAUGUCUUGGGCAGCUGGAUGUAUUCUGACAGAUCAUACUGUUGUCUUCACUGACAUCUUCAGCUACAUUCCAUGGAUCAAGAACAUUAUUUCUACAAGAUAAGCUGAUACAGAUCUCCAUCGA